CAGAGAAAAAGAGAAAGAUAGAAAGAUGGUUAGAUGAAGAACGAAAGAGAAACGAUAAAGAGAUUUUUUUUUCGAUGAAAAUAUUUUUUUAAAAUUAGAAAAUAUUUUUUCAGUUGUUUUUUUUCCUGGUAGCUUUCAAGAAACAUCGACAACGUCAACGACCAAUAUUUUCGCAGCCGACGAUCAUUUUGUUGAAAUUUAUUUAAUUUAUAAAAUUUUUCAAUUUUUGUUUCCAACAAAAUUUUCUUUCGUCUACAUUUCUGUAAAUCGAUAAUAAUUUUUUUUUCUAAACUGAUUCAAUUGAAUUUAAGAAAUAUGGCCAUCAAUAUUAAUGAUUAUAUGCCAUCAUUGGAAUCAAUAUUUAAAAUACUUAAAUGGAUUUUACUUGUAUCGAAUGGUUUGGUAAUAAUUGGUUCAAUAUUUGUAUUGAUUAGUGGCCGUGAUCUUGGUGAACCAGAAUUUCGUAACAAUCAUCGUGUAUUAAUAUUUGCCUGUUUUAUGAUUAUAUUAUUCUGUUUACUUGGUAUUGUUGGUGUUUGGCGUAAACAUUUUCCAUCCGUAUUAACAUAUGCUAUUUUAAUGACAAUUGCAUUAUUAUUGGAAAUAGCUGAAUUAUCUAAAGAGGAUGUUGGAUCAUUUUUUGCAUCAUCAGCAAUUGUAUUAUGUGCAUAUGUUUAUGCCUUCCUUAUUCGUCAUUAUGAAAAACAGGAAGAAAUGAAACGAGUUUUCUCUCAUCAAACGGCCAAAAUCUAGAUGAAACAACAACAACAACAACAACAACGGAACAAAACGGACCGAAACGAAACUUUAAAAGGAAAUGAAACAAAAUAUAUUUAUAUAGAAAAAAAUGAACGAUAAUUUUAUGGUAUACCAGUAAAAUGUCCAAAA